AACGUCCCCACCGUUACCAAAAACAUCUCCACCGCCGUUUCGUCUCCAAAACCAGAAACAGAAAACGAAAACAACGUCAGCGUUGCAGGUUCCAACCCGCCCUUUGGCCACCGCUCUCUCGGAACCCUUCUGAGUGCCUCUCUCCGGCGGCCGGCUACAGCCAUGAUUCGCGCGGUGAUCGUGAUGAACACCCAGGGCAAGCCCCGCCUCCUCAAGUUUUACGAGUUCCAGCCCCCGGAGAAACAGCACGAACUCACACGGAGCGUCUUCGCAGUUUUAUCUGGAAGACCGGACAACGUCAGCAAUUUCGUUGAAGCAGAUGCAAUCUUCGGCCCAGGUACCCGGCUGGUAUACAAGCACCUCGCUACGCUGUAUUUUGUCUUUGUGUUUGACAGUUGUGAGAACGAACUAGCUAUGCUUGACCUCAUACAAGUCCUUGUUGAGACACUGGACAGAUGCUUCAAAAAUGUCUGUGAGCUUGACAUAGUGUUUAACUUCAACAAGAUGCACACCAUCCUAGACGAAAUUAUAUUUGGAGGCCAGGUGCUGGAAACUAGUUCUGAGCGAGUUCUGAAGGCCGUUGAGGAAAUCUCAAGGCUAGAGAAGUCUUCAAGUUCAGUCAGCUUUGUGCCAAAGUCUGUAUCCGGACGGUUUGGCCGCUAGCGUCUUGCAAGUUCAAGAUAUCGUUCCAGGACUAGCGUGUCACCACCAAUACAAUGGAGUUUAAUAGCAAUACCUGCCACUCAUUAAUAACUGUAGCAUCACAUCGUGAUUUUGUUUCUACGACAAUUUCCAUUGAAGUUCAUCAAAGAAAGUGAUUUGCGGGCUGA